AUGGCGACGACGGCCGCGGGGUACGGCUUCUGCUCGGCGGGGCUGCGGCCCUCCGCGUUGUGGCCGGGGAUCUUCUCGACCCGCCGGAAGCCUCCCCCUCCUCCUCGGGUGUCACUUGCCGCUUCCUCCUCGAAGUUCAGGGCGCCGGCACCGCGGUUGGCAGUUUCGUACCGUCCAAGGAGGCUCGUUGUCUCUGCUUCCUCCUCCGACGAGGCCAAUUCGGACGCGGUGCCGUCGCCAACGGAAGCCACUAUUGAUAUAAAGCUUCCUAGAAGAAGCUUGCUUGUUCAAUUUACAUGCAAUGCAUGUGGUGAAAGGACCAAACGCUUGAUAAACAGAGUAGCCUAUGAAAGAGGGACAGUUUUUCUUCAGUGUGCAGGGUGCCAGGUGUACCACAAGUUUGUUGAUAAUCUUGGUCUUGUUGUUGAAUAUGAUCUACGAGAAGAAAACAAGGCACAAGGAGAAAAUGCUGUGAACAGCAACUCUGAAGAUUGA